AUGCUUACAUGUCAAAAAGGAUCUAAUGAUAAACGUGGUAUAGGUAAUAAUAAUGUCACACAUGACUAUAAGAGUAAAACUACAUUUGUUAAGAGUGCAUACAAACAUAGACGCAUACCUACUUGCUCCUUUUGUUGCAAAGAAGGACAUCUUAAGUUUGCAUGUCCAUACAGACAUAAGGACAAUUAUAUUAGUAAGAAUUCCUUUCCUUUUGAAUUAAGUGAGCAGAUAAAGAAAAUAUGGUUGAAUAGGAGGAUCACUAUGACUAUAGCCGUUGGUAAAUUUACCAAAGACGAAAAUGAUUUAUUUGAUAUUAUGGAUGACUGGUUACGGAGGGACCGUUUUGUUUUUGUAGGUUGGCCUGGUCUAUUGCUCUUUCCUUGUGCUUAUUUUUCCUUAGGAGGUUGGUUUAUGGGUACAACCUUUGUAAGUUCAUGGUAUACCCAUGGAUUGGCCAGUUCUUAUUUGGAAGGCUGCAAUUUCUUAACCGCAGCGGUUUCUACUCCUGCUAAUAGUUUAGCACACUCUUUAUUGUUACUAUGGGGUCUUGAAGCACAAGGGGAUUUUACUCGUUGGUGUCAAUUAGGCGGCCUGUGGACUUUCGUUGCUCUUCAUGGUGCUUUCGCACUAAUAGGUUUUAUGUUACGUCUGUUCGAACUUUCUCGAUUUGUUCAAUUGCGCCUUUAUAAUGCAAUCACAUUCUCUGGCAUACAUGUUGCUGUUUUUGUUUUUGUAUUCCUAAUUUAUCCAUUAGGUCAGUCUGGUUGGUUUUUAGCACCUAGUUUUGGUGUAGCAGCUAUAUUUAGAUUUGUUCUCUUCGUUUUCCUUGAGUAUAUUAGAAGGGUCGUGGAUUCAACCCAAGGGUUAGUGAAGCCUGAAGAGGGAGACCACGAGGCUGGCCUUAGAAUCAAGAAGAGUGUUCUUGGGUAUAUAUUGAGUGUAAGUGAUGAGAGGGCACAACCCACCAUUGUUGAAGAGAAUCGAAGAAAUAUCUGUAAAGGAAUAUCAGAGGCGACUGACUUUGUGACGCGUGCGAAUCUGGUCUAA